ACUACAUUUCCCGAAGAACAAAUAAUAAAGUCGUCCGUCUGAGAUUUGUUUUUAGCUUUUCUUGAGCAGACGAGUGGAACCAAAGAGAAUAAGUUGAAUAAAUCUGAAAGUUUUUAUUUUACAUGUGAAAAUAAACAGCCGGCACGUUCCAGCUUUGUGUAACAGUUUCACUUUGGUGGUGUGAUGCCGGUGCACCGUGACCGGGAGAAGGACAGCAUGGCGGAAGACAUGGAGGUGGAGGAGCAGGAGGCGUUCAGCACAGAGGACUCGGACUCAGACAUCUCUUCUGUCUCUGAGGAAGGAGACAGCUCUGAAAUGAAUGAGGAGGACUGUGAACGGAGGAGGACGGAGUGUCUUCAUGAAAUGUCCAACCUGGAGAAACAGUUCACCGACCUCAAAGACCAGUUAUAUCGGGAGCGUCUCACUCAGGUGAACAGUAAACUGGCAGAAGUGGAGUCCGGCCGGGCUCCAGAGUACCUGGACCCUCUGGCAGUCUUGCUGGAGAACAUGCAGGUCUGCACCAAGGUGGCAGGAAUCUACAGAGAUCUGUGUCUGGUGUCUGUCCACAACAAGUACGAGUGUGAGGUCCAGGCCGCGCGACAGCACUGGGAGAGCGAGAAGCAGCUACUGUUUGAUGCCGUUCAGAGUGAACUGGAGGAGAAAAUCCGGCGGCUGGAGGAGGACCGACACAGCACCGACUUCACCUCAGAUCUGUGGAACGACGAGCUGUCGGCCAAGAAGAACAUCACAGUUGCCCUCAGCCCCGACAGGAAGAAGAGACGACCCUCGCUGGUGUCCGGCCCAUAUAUAGUCUACAUGCUUCCAGACUUGGACAUCCUGGAGGACUGGACAACCAUCAGGAAGGCCAGGGCGACACUUGGUCCUCACAAACUGAAGUCCAGCUCCGACAGCGCCGCGUUUCCAUUCAGACUGGACAGAGCCAGACCCGUCCUCAACUGCUGAGCCACACCAGGAUGCAUGGACCCAAAACCCCACAAACAAUAACAGAAUAAUUUCAUGUGAAACCAGCAGGUGUCUGCAGGAACGUGAGCUAUAGUUGAAUUCCGCCUCCUCUGUGACAGGUAGUCCUCGUAGCCACAAGGGGGCACUAAUCUAGGAAAAUGAACAUGGGUUGAUGAGAUUUGUAUAAAUGUUCUUUUGUCUUCCUGCUGAGCGCGUUUGUGCAGCGUGAAUACAUUAACUGCAUGUGACCAUUUAAACGUCAGCCACACAUUUGGACAUUGAAAAGCACGACAACAGGCUGCAAGUUGAUUACUGCAGCGGGUAGCUCACUGCUAUAGAGACAUUGGAUCCAGUUCCAGAAUUCUCUGUGGAGUGGCCACCAACAGCAUCUGUGCCUGUAAAGGCUUUUUUGUGUGGCAUCUGUAAUAGUGCUAACUCAGUGAGACACCUCAUCUUUUCCAUGUAAAGCAGCAAAUCGUUCCUCAAAGACUGACUUGGCAUUUUUGAUUUCAGUUGUAGAUGGCAUCUCCUUGCAAUGGCCGUCCAUUCCACUGCUCCUGAACAUAAUCAUUUCACAGCUCUUUCCACACUCCAAUGUACUCGUGCUCCAGUAGUGACAGUGGGUUAUGGUAGGGUGGUCCUCUACAGUAUGCCAAAAACAAGUGACUUUUUUUUAAGGUGCUUCCUGAUUAUAAAAUUGGUCAUCUUGAUGAGAAAAUUUUUUGUGCAAAAUUUGAUUUCAAUACGACUAUUCUAGCCACUGCCUCGCGCGGUGGAAAUUGCAAUGGUUGAGCAUAUUAGCACAAACCAGCAAUAGUAAUGUACGUGUUCAUAAAUGAAAUACAAAUUGAAACAAUCCUUUCUCCUUUAACUGUCCAUAAAGGAGAGAUUAAAGAAAGUAUUACACAUCACUGUUAACCUAUUUGGUGAAAACAAACAGUCAUGGGGAGUGACGUAUGGCUCUGAUUUUCUUCGCCUCCGGGAACUGACAUCGGUGCCACUCAACAACUUGAAGCAGGUGUUGGUGCUGCUGUUCAUCCUUCGUUCGGAUGCGAUUGUAAUCCUGGAUAAGUGCAACUCCUCAAUCAGCAAAAUCAUUGACAGCAGGGAUGUUAUCCAGCACCUGCUGUGACAAAUGGAUUGACGGGUCUACCUCCCACUCUGAGGGUCCUUGAUGAGGAAGUCCAUGUUGACCUUGAAUGCCUCAAAAAUGAGAUGUGAGGCAGGUGUAACAAAAUCUAACUAUAAACUAAUGUAUCCAGUCCAGAACUCAAAAUGUCAUUCGCAUGUCACAAAAAAAAAAAAAAAAAGACACAGGCUGGGUGCAGUGGUUAAUAUUUUUAAAAUCUCAUGAAAUUUCACCCUUUUUUUUCUUUUUUAACCUGUAAAGGAACCAAAAAAAAAAAAAAAAAAUGAAGAAGCACCUUGAAAAAGAUGGUUUGUUUUUCGGGACCACCCUAGGGUUAUGGGUUUAAAUCCCAUCAGCAGUGUCAGUUGACCCUGCAGACACAAACUUGACCGUUCUGACAGUUUAGUUUUUUUUUAAUUCACGAUCCUACAUUUUAGGAAUAAGAUGCCAUUGAUCCUCAAAAAGGUGUUUUCAAUCAAGUGUGACCUCUGACCCCACA